GCCCGUGCAUCCACCUGCUCGCGCGCUGCCUCCUCCGCGCAGUCAGCGGCGGCCAACUUUCCAGAGGAGCACGCGCCGCGCGCCUGGACGGGGACUUUGUUUCUAACAGCUUUUCUUUUUUCAUUCCCACCGUCACGAGAUGUUGAUUGUGCUCGUGCGACGACGAUAUAACCUCGCCUCGCGGUGUCGCGCACGACAGAGAAAGCGUUCUCUCUCUCUUUCUCUGUGAAUUGUGUCAUUGUGCCCUGACAAAGUCCGGGGCCACGCAGCGCGCACAGGUACAGCGCGCGCCCCCGAGCUCGGGCGCAGCGGCGGCGGGAUUUUCUGUUCUUAUUAUUGAUUUCAACUUGGAGAGCAAAGUGAGCGAUCCUUUGGGAUCGGUUCUGUUUUGACUUGGUUGGAUCUGAAGUUAUAUUCCGGGAGCUGUAAAAACAAGAGAUUUAAAGAAAUAAAAGAAACUAUUAACCGCUCUUGGCGUGCCGCUGGAGGUUGCUCGACCAUGCAGCUGGACGGUCUGUGGACGGUCCAUGUCCUCCUGGCACUGUCCGGCCUCGCUCUCGGGAACCAAUUGAGCGUUGACCCGUUGGCCGCGCCUCGCGUCUUCAUCUCCUUCAAAGAGCUGCGAUCUACUGGUACUGCUCAUCACUUCGCCUACCUCCUCAACACGUCUGACUACCGGAUCCUACGUAUGGACGAGGACCAUGACCGCAUGUACGUUGGAAGCAAGGACCACAUCCUGUCCUUGGACCUCCAUGACAUCAACAAGGAACCGCAUAUUAUCCACUGGCCGGUGUCCGAACGACGAAGGAUGGAGUGCCUUGUGAGUGGGAAGGACGCCAAUGAGGAGUGUGCAAACUUUAUCCGUCUGGUGGAGCCAUGGAACCGGACUCAGCUCUACAUCUGUGGGACAGGAGCCUACAAUCCAGUCUGUACCUUUGUCAACCGCGGGCGCAAACCUCAGACGUCCAUGUAUCUGCAGAUGGCCCAGGCCAGAGGAAGGGCUAGCCGCGCAGCUGAACCCAGCGCGGUGCACGAGACACUUGGACUCAAGGAAGAAAUCUUUCGUUUGGAUCCGGGCAGAGUUGAAUCUGGGAAAGGAAAGUGCUCCUAUGACCCAAAUCUCAAUAGCGUGUCAGCCUUAAUCAAUGGUGAACUAUAUGCUGGAGUCUAUGUUGACUUUAUGGGGACAGAUUCUGCCAUUUUCCGUACUUUGGGGACAAAGACCGCCAUGCGAACAGAUCAGUACAACUCCAGAUGGUUGAAUGACCCCACUUUCAUUCACGUUCAGCUCAUCCCCGACAGCGCAGAGAGAAAUGACGACAAGCUGUAUUUCUUCUUCCGGGAGAAGUCCUCUGAGAUGGGCCAUAGUCCCGUGACCCAGUCGCGUAUAGGACGCAUCUGCCUGAAUGAUGAUGGAGGCCACUGCUGUCUGGUCAACAAGUGGAGCACCUUCCUGAAGGCCAGGCUCAUCUGCUCUGUGCCAGGCGCCGACGGCAUGGAGACGCACUUCGAUGAGCUCCGAGAUGUUUACAUACAGCCAACACAGGACACAAAGAAUCCUGUUAUAUACGGCGUCUUCUCUGUCUCUGGCUCUGUCUUCAAAGGCUCAGCAGUUUGUGUGUACUCCAUGGCUGACAUCCGCAUGGUCUUCAACGGACCAUUCGCCCACAAAGAGGGUCCCAAUUACCAGUGGGUGGCCUACAGCGGGAAGAUCCCCUACCCGCGACCCGGCACAUGCCCUGGAGGAACAUUCACCCCCAACAUGAAGUCCACUAAGGACUAUCCAGAUGAAGUGAUUAACUUCAUGAGGAAUCACCCUGCCAUGUACAACGCUGUGUACCCGGUACACAAGCGCCCCCUGGUGGUUCGGACCAAUGUGGACUAUGAGUUCACCACCAUCACUGUCGACCAAGUGGCAGCUGCAGACGGCAACUAUGAAGUUCUCUUUUUAGGAACUGACAAGGGAACAGUACAGAAAGUCAUCGUUCUGCCCAGAGACGACCUGCAGACUGAGGAGCUGGUCCUCGAGGAGGUUGAGGUUUUCAAGGUUCCCACUCCAAUUACAACAAUGAAGAUCUCAUCCAAAAGACAACAGCUAUACGUGUCAUCGGCCACAGGGCUGACCCAGUUGGCUCUCCACCGCUGUGAUGUGUACGGCGAGGCCUGUGCUGACUGCUGUCUGGCCAGAGACCCUUACUGCGCCUGGGACGGCAAGUCCUGCUCCCGUUACUCCGCCUCGCAGAAGAGGUCUGACCCCUUUAGACGUAGCCGGCGGCAGGACGUCAAGUACGGAAACCCCAUCCGCCAAUGCCGAGGCUUCAACUCUAACACCAAUAAGAACACUCUGGAGAUGGUGCAGUACGGGGUGGAGGGGAGCAGUACCUUCCUGGAGUGUCAGGCCCGCUCUCCACAUGCUCUCAUCAAAUGGCAUCUGCAGAGAGACAACAGCGAGCGCAGGAAAGAGAUGCGCUCUGAUGGUCGCAUUCUGAAGACCGAGCAAGGCCUCCUGCUGCGGUCCCUGCAGCCCUCGGACUCCGGCAUGUACCAGUGUACGGCCACGGAGAAGAACUUCAAACACACGCUGGUCAAGCUUCAGCUGGUGGUGCUGUCGGGUCGGGCUGUCAACAACGUGCUGGUGGAGGGCGGAGGAGGGCUGGUGCCGUCUUUACACGCGGGCAGCACCCAGUGGACCCCCAGCGCGGGCCAGUACAAGGACCUGCUGACCAUCCUGAGCCAGCCAGAGAUGAGCCUGAUCAAUCAGUACUGCCAGGACUACUGGCAGUUCGGAGACCCGCUGCUGGGCGCCCUCAAGGCCAAAGACCUGAAGGAGCUCAAGGAGCAGAAGAAGCCCCGGAACCGCCGGCACCACAGGGAGGGGGAAAGGGAGGGGGAGGAGAACGAGGAGCUACAUGAGGUAGAUACAUGAGAAGCUCAGCUUUGUGUCUAAAAGAGCCUCAAGCACCCCCCCCCCCACCACCACCACCACCACCUUGCGAAAACUGGGAGAGACUCAUUGAAGGUAGCAAACGUGAAAAGUAAAAAUCCACAAAUCCCUAAAAAGGCAAACUAAGAAAAAAAAGAGGCUUUCAAACACACAUCCUCUCAAACAAUAAGAUAUAUGAUACACCGUAUUUAUUGUAGGUUGUAUAUAGAAUCAUUCUGUGGAUUACUUUGUACUUAUAGAAAAAAACGUGCUCUUUGUGUAAAGUUACCUUUGGGGCAAAUAUUAUUGUUCUUAUGAUGUUGUUAAUUUUAUUGUUGCUGUUACUGUCAUUACAAAACUCAUCUGUCAGCAUCGUAUGACCUUGGCAACUCUUUGGAAUGCCUGUCGGGCAUGUGAGCUUUGAGAAGCUCUGACGGUGAGAUGAGUUGUUGAUGAGGGGUGAUGGACGCAAGUUCCUCAUGGCUGCAUGCAGAGAGACACUUAAUGUUGCACUGGGACCAUCGUGGCCCAGUUAUUCUGGGGAAACAGUCUUUUCUCAAAGCCAACCCAGAUGUAGAGUAUUGAAAUAUUCUCACAGGUGUUAAUAGGAAACUGGUGCUUGCCCUGAUUGUAUUUCCUUCCUUAUUGGAGGAUUGAUUGUAAAAUGAUCCAGUGUCUUUGCAGCUAUUCAGCCCAGACACCCAUUUGGAUUAUUGAAAUCUCAACAGCACUGGCCACAACUUCAAGUUUAAAAAGAUCUGUUUGUCGAAUCAAAUCUAUGAGGUAAUAGGGGCUAUUUUUAAAUGCAAACAUCUUUGAAAUGAGAUUGAGGUGCAAUAAAAGUCACGGUUCUGCACAAGGGGCAUUAUUUCUUAACUUUGAGGGGACUUUGGCUGGGGCCAAAUGCAAAAAGCACACUCGGGCAAGUAUAGUUGAUAGUUCUGUAAAAAAAAAAAAAAACAUCCAGUUGAAGAUGUCAAAGAGAUGCAGCGUUCAGACAACAGCUCUGAGACUAUUGUCAUCUAUUGUCUUUUUCUCCUUUUACAUGUGGAAAAAAACACAUAUACACAACAAAGCAUUGUAACAAUGUUGUGACACUAACCAAGAUAUUGGGAAGCUGGCUUUCAUUGUGUGCAUGAACCUGUAUUUGUCCUGUAAUUCUGAUAAGAUACUAUGUGGUAUUCUUUCCUGCUUUUCAUCUCUCUGGCUGUACGGUCGCUGAGGGACAUUCCUGGGGACAUUGGGGAAAAUAAAUGCUUUAAAGAAACACCCUCAAUACAAAUAUACCUUAUAUAAGCACGAUGCAUCUUUUCAUUGACAUUGAAAUACAUUUUGGAUUUUGUUAAUUAAGUGAGAUACGAUUCGGUUAGCACAUAAUGAGAUACCGUCUUAUUCAAUGGCAUAUGAAGUAUGAAGGUGCAGUUAUUAUAUUAAGGUGUGUCAUGGUCCUAUCCAGAAUUGUUAUGCUCCUCAAAAGCAGUAAAGCAUUUCUCCUUUGAGGGAAAUUAAUGCCAUUUUCAUGUAUAAGACACAUGUGGAAUUUAUAUAUCAUUCUGAUAUGUUGAGGCUUUUAAUACAGCGUGUCUCAUAUUCAGGCUGCUAUGAAUUCCUUUGGGAAGAUGCAUCAAUCAUUCAUACCCAGGUAUAUCUAUCUGCUCCUCGUGUCUGUCUGCAUUCCCACAAUCCACCACAGUUCCUGGUUCUCUGCUCCAGAUGAGACCAGGGGUUAUAUAUACAACAAACGGAAAAAAAGACACAAAGAAAGGUUGUACAAUUCUUUUUUUUUUUUUUUUUGGAAAACGUCUGUAGUUUUUGAAUGUUUAUUGUUUGUUUUUGUACUUCUGCAUCAUCAGACUUUAUGGAAAAAAAGAAAAGACUAAAUGCACAAAGGUGAUGUUCUUGUAAUGGCUUGUGUAAAUGACGCUCUCUUCCCUUUCCGUUGUUGUUGCCGACUAAUAAAUUAAAGCUCUAUAUUUUAUAAGAAUGGAAUGCUCCCCCCCCUUCAUUGUGAUUGGCUUGAUCCUGGUUGUUUUCCAUGUUCUGCCCAGAAUCCCCUGGAUCCUUGGAAUAAAGUUCUACCUGUUAAAGAGA